AUGGUUGGUGGGGCACAGGCCACUGAUGACUUGCAGCCCACCGACCCUGCUCCCAGCGACCGAUUAGGCCUUCGGCAGGUCCGGACCAUAAGUACCGAUUCUAAAGGAAACACCAUUAUCGAGGUAUGCACCAUUCUAGACUCGCAUAGGCGGCCGGGAGUCCCCCCCGGGAAACGGAUCAUACUGGAGUACAAUGCAUCAUUCCAGCCAGUUGGAUUUAGCGCCGUGAGGUUUAGGCGGAUGACCGGAGACAUAAUUAGGAGCGGCAAUUUUGUCCGAAUACCGGACGAUUGGUCGAAGGCAUACUUUUUCGUCCCGCCCGAGUACAACUUGGAAGCCGUCAAGGAUGAAGCAUUUCGGGAUAUGGGCUCCAAGCUGCGGACUUGGAGGCAUGAUCUUAAAAAAAUUUGUGUCAUUACCGAGGAAGAUACUCCGGACACUAUACGGGAGUAUGCGGCGAAAAUGAAGACAUUGCGAGCAUUAAAUGAUUCACCGCAUUGCACCGGAUCAAAGAGUUAUGCUAGGUUGACACAUGAGGAGGCCGAACGUUUGGGCCAUCAACCUACUCGGGCACAAAAUUACGUCCGUUCACACACAAAGAAGAACGGUUCAUAUCCGAAUGAUAUUGUGAAGGAGAGAUGUGAACAGAUGAAGGAGCUUAUACCCACCGACCCUACAGCAUCGUCUAGCAUCACAGAGGGAACGGUAAGGUGGGCGCCAAACGAUGCAUUUGACCAGGCAAUUGGAAAUAAGCCUGAGUAUGCCAGUAGGGUUCGGAUGGCUGGACCAAAUAUUCUGCCUGUGCGGGGGACCAUUCGCUCAUACUAUACACCGUCACAGCAAGUGGCGGAGCAGAUGGCUGAGAACAAUGCGCGGAUAGCUCGACAGGUAGCUGAACAGGAGGCUGAACGUCAAGCAAGGUUUGAUGCCCGUUUCCGCCAACUCGAGGAGCUGAUGCGGUUGUACACUCCACCAGACAGUGCUUCCCCACCCGUUGCGAUGGUGCGAUCGUCGGUCGACAGUGGAUCAGGUAAUGUACAUCGUCGAGAGGAUGCUAUGGAUGUCAAUGAUCGAUAG